CCCUUCGAGCUCAGUCCCGCGUGAAUCUUCGUUCGAAGCUAUUGUGCACUGCAGCCAACUCUCUCUACACAGUCAGCGCGUCUUGACUGACGCAAUCAACCGAUUUUUCCCGCAAACUACUGGUCUGCGCCCUGGUGACUCAGCUCCUAGUUUUUGGUUAUUUCUCAGUGAAAAAGUAUCUCAAAAGAAAUAUAACUGGAUUCCUGGUUGACUUUUCGCCGAUUCCCCAAAAGACAGGACACGGAGCCUGCUGCACUCUCACAGCGUCAGCAAACCUCUGCCAUCAUUUCUCAAAAAGGGAACACACUCGAGAGAACGAAAGUAUGCAUAUCACCAGCAGGUCAUCCCAGAUGGAACUUGAACCCACUCGAAUGUCUCCAAAUAUCCAAGCCUCCAAGUUCUGCCUCGCCAGCACUGAUGAGCUUCUUAGCAUCACCUUCAAAUAUGGAAACCAAUAUGGACAUAAUGAAUUCAUUCAACAACUUUGUUAUGGAUGAUCCUACUACACCCCUCUGCAUCCCUGUUUGCAAUUCCUUUGAUCAGGAAUUCCAAUUGCAGGAAAAUAUUCAUCUCAACAUGCUACCACAAAAUACUACACUAAAAUUCAGCGGCACAGCAGAAGCAAGCCCUACAAAUGCUCUUCCUCAUCAACCUGAUGAGCAGAUUGAAUUACCAUUAGACCUGUUUGAUUACCUGGAGAAUGUUCCUUUUAAUAUUGAGGAACUGAUAAAAGAAGAAGACAGCAGUUAUGGCACUGUUCUUUGCGAUGCCGGGAGCUACCAUUCUCAAACAAACAGACGACGAAACUCGAAUGCGGACGUUCAAAUGUCUGUUGAACCAUCUACUCCACCACCUUUUGAAUUCGUUGAAGUUCAGCAUCCAAUUCAAAUUAAGACUGAGGAUGUCGAAAUGAAUUACGAAGAAAUGUGCUCUUUCUCAUCAAUUUCUAACUAUCAAAUGGAAGAAAACGUUAAGCGAGAGUCCCUUCAUCUAAAUUUGCCGCCGAUCCUGCAGCCCGUCACCACCCCUUCAGAAGGAGUUGUAACAACUCCUGUUCUUAUUAACAUGCUUUUGGAGAAGGAAGAAAUCCGUAAACAGAUACCAGAACCAGUCGACAUCAAACCGACAUUGGUUUAUUCCGAUCUGCCGCUAGUCCUUCAAGACAUCAGCAGCGAUUCUGCCACCGAGAGCUCCUUGCCCCCAACGCCGAUUUCCCGCGCUAGAACCAACACCAAACGUGCGAGCAAUAACAGCGACAUACGUCGCGUGAGGAACAACGAAGCGUCAAGGAAGUCGAGGCAGAAUAGACGCAACAAGUUGCAGACCCAAGCGCAGCUAGUCGAUGUUUUGGAGGAAGAAGGUCGCCGUUUGAGCAAUCAAAUUAAAGAGCUUGAAUUGCUGAAAGCCGAAAUUAUGAAGUACAUGACGGGUAGCAAUAAGUUGACGACCACGCCUUAGCAACCACACCCAAUCAGCAUGAACUUAUAUAUAACAUUUAGAAAUCAAUCCUUAUUAAAAUUUAAAUAUUUAACCAACCAAAUCAUCAAAGCUGUUGAGAGCAUCAUUCCAUCGCCCUUUUUCUUUUUGUUCGGGGUUCUCUAUACUUAGUCUUAUUAUUAAAUCCUAUCUGGCUUUGAUCGAGUUUAAUAACAUUAUCUGACUCGAAUAUUUCUUGGCCGAAUUUUACCUGUUUGUAUCAAUCAACAUAUUGAAAACCUUGAACACACACACCCAAACUCUCGCUACUAAAUUUGAGAGACAUGUUAUACGACGUAAUACACUUCCAAUUCGGCUAAUCAA